AACAACUUCAGGACCCCAAAAAUCGUUUCCCUCUUCUCUGCGUUCGCAUUUCUCCUCUCCUCUUUCUCCUCCGCUCCAAUGGCCGCCUCUCUCAAUCGCAUCUCCAAAGCCCGCUCCCCCUAUCUUCUUAUCCGAUCGCUCUCCACUUCACUCCACGCCCCCAAUCCCUCGACGAAUUCCGGCAGCGGCGACGACGCUGACAAGAUAUUGAAGAUACUUGCCAAGACGGCCAACGGCUGCGGCGGUUCCAAUUCUCUCGUUGAUGCCUCCCUUGACCGCGCCUCAGUAGCUGUGACCCCACCUCUCGUUGCCGACGUGCUGAAGGGGCUCAGCAAUGCCGGCGCCCUUGCCCUCUCCUUCUUCCGGUGGGCUGAGAAGCAGAAAGGGUUCCAGUACACCACCGAGAGCUACAACGUGCUAAUCGAAGCUCUCAGCAAGAUCAAGCAGUUCAACACGGCCUGGGUCUUGGUCGGGGACAUGAAGCGGAGGGGGCUGCUGACGAAGGACACGUUUGCUCUCAUCUCGCGGAGGUACGCCAGGGCCCGCAAGGCCAAGGAGGCUAUCGAGGCCUUUGAGAGGAUGGAGAAGUUUGGGAUGCGGUAUGAGUCAAACGACUUCAAUCGCCUGAUCGACACCCUCUGCAAGUCUCGGAGUGUUGCGAUAGCGCAGGAGGUGUUUGACAAGAUGAAGAGCAGCAAAAGGUUCGAGGUGGACUUGAAGUCGUACACGAUGCUGCUGGAGGGGUGGGGCCAGGAGAGGAACCUGCUGAGGGUCAUGGAGGUCUUCCGGGAGAUGAAGGAUGAGGGGUUCGAGCCCGAUGCUGUGACCUACGGGAUCAUCAUCAACGCUUACUGCAAGGACAGGAAGUAUGACGACGCGGUCAGGGUGUUCGAUGAAAUGCUUGAGAAGGGCUGCGACCCUACUUCUCAUAUUUACUGCACUCUUAUAAACGGGCUGGGAUCGGACAAGAGGCUCAGCCAGGCGAUCAAGUACUUCGAGCAAAUGAAGGCGAAUGGAUUAGCCCUGGAGGGCCCCACCUACAAUGCCCUUGUGGGGGCCUACUGCUGGUCGGAGAAGAUGGACGAGGCUUACAGGGUUGUUGAUGAGAUGAGGAAGCUAGGAGUCGGCCCGAACUCAAGGACUUAUGACAUAAUCCUUCACCAUCUGAUACGGGCCCGUAAGACAAAGGAGGCCUACUCCGUGUUCCAGAGGAUGAGCAGCGAGGAGGAGGUGUCGUGUGGGCCCACCCUGAGCACGUACGAGAUCAUUGUGAGGAUGUUCUGCAAUGAAGAUCGGGUGGACAUGGCAUUGAGGGUGUGGGACCAGAUGAAGGCGCGUGGAAUUCUGCCAGGGAUGCACAUGUUCUCAACAUUGAUCGCAAGCAUGUGCGAUGAGAACAGGUUGGACGAGGCGUGCAAGCACUUUCAGGAGAUGUUGGACAUGGGGAUUCGCCCUCCUGCCAACAUGUUCAGUAAGUUGAAGCAGAGCCUCCUCGACGAGGGGAAGCAGGAUACAGUCUUGAGUCUUGGUAAGAAGAUCGAAGAGUUGAGGAAAGCUCCUUUAUUAAGUAUCAAAUCCUAAUCAUUCCCGAAGCCUACAUUCGGUGAGAAGUAUCGAAAAGAGAAUGGGACACUAUGAUCCGUUCACGUAGGAGUGGAAUGAGUAUGCGGCAAAAGAUGGAACAUGACCUUAACUUCACGCAUCGAUGAGGAUACUUGAACCGUUUCCUUGUUGCUAUUACUCGACUUGUUCCAUUUGUUUAGUUCUAUUUGUUACAGAUUGAAAAGAAAAACCUACGCACUUUGGGAUGAAAAGCAAGGCUUUUGGAGAUGUUUGUGCACAAACUUGGGCGGGGUAAGCAAGAAUCUGGAUGUCACAUGUGAAAGUGGAAAUUCGAUUCUAUUCGAUGAUGCAUCUCAGGACCAUAUCAAUGUUCCGAUAUGCAGUAAAUUGUUUAUGGAUAUUCUGAAUGUUCCCCCA